AUGACCAACAUUGUCAACCCCUCCCCAUCAAAAAGUACUGGCUAUGCUGCUGAUGGGGAUCAUUUUUCUCUCUCUCUUUUUGCAGUGCCAACAUUCCAGGCACUUACCUACGACGAAUUAGGCCUUCUAUCGUACAGAAUUCUGCCGACGCCUGACAAUGUGUACAAAGGAGUGAUAGAAAAGCCGCUGAUUGUAGUUUCGCUGGCGAACGAGAAGCCCUCUUUUCAAUUUGCCCCGGGGGGUCUGCGAGGCCUGCUAAAAGAUCCACAGAGCAAGCAACUGGUGCACCAACUCACCAAAGAUGACCAGAUCACUGUGGUUAUCUACCAGAAAUCGUCCUUGCCUUCAGCCAUUUUUCCCGAAAAGCUACAAGCUAUAGUCAGAGUGCCUGAGUACCAGACAACAUUGGAAACACUUAUGGAGCCUCCUCCAGUCGUAAUGCUGAUACGAAAAAAUCAGUUGAAGUCACUCAACCUACACACCAAUCUUGGCCAGGUUGGCGGUUUGAUAGUGCAAGACAAAGACAUCCGAGUGGACAGAGAUGAGAGGCAGCUGAUGAAUCACUUCGCCACCACCCCCUCUGACAACACCCUCUACCUCGUUCACCCAGAAACUCGCUACUCCGACAACCACGCUCCAGCAGCCCUUCAUUUUCCCACCCCCAUCCCUGCUCUGCCACCCCUCAACAUUCCCAACAAUGUCGGUCCUUUUUAUAUCUAAAACAACCCUGGUCAUUUUCUGAAUUGAACUUGUAGAAGGUUUUCCUACUAGAACCAGGAAUGUUCAAAAGAAGAUUAUCAACUAGAACAAUAUAGCCUACGUUGUUCAGUACUAGUUCUUCACUAUAACCAGAAACUUAUUUUCCUACUAGAACCUGGCCUUAUUCUAACGAUUCAGUGAAACGUUAAAAAGUAGAUUUUCAAGACUAGUACAACGUACGGUACGUACUUUGUAAAGUAGUUUUCCCACUAUAACCAAGAACUUAUGUUUCUAUCAUGAAAUGUGAAACAUAUUAUAAUAUAAUACCAGAGUGUUUAUUACCUAGUAUGUUGAGAAUAUCCAAAACUAAAAGUUUGUUGAGCAUCCUUCAUUCUUAACAAUUGAUAGAGCUAGUGAUUAAUUGAAGGUGAUUCCGAUAUUGAUAUGACACGAAAUAAUAUUAAGAAGACUCCUGCAACUGUAACUGCAAAUAUUGAUUAUUGAGAGAAUAAUAGCUCAGAGAAUAACAGAUGUCACAGAAUUGCUAGGAGAAAAAUCUAUGAACGCUCAAAACAGAAGUAUUUGUCCGAUUGCGAAUCAAACUCAGACUCUCAUUAUUUUCAUCACCCAAAUAUUAGUAUAGAACUAAGGGAUUUGAAAUAUUAUUAGUAUUACUAUACAAUUAUAUUACUAUAUUACUCAUAUAUUACUUGUUAGUAUUAUAAUACUAACAAUAAAAUAUUAUUAUUAGUAAUAACAUGGAAUGAAGAUCACUUUGAACUAUAAUGUAACUCACAGAUUUUUUGUCAUUGCAUGUUUAUUUAUAUUGGAAAAGUUUUAUUGGAAUACUUCUUUGUUAUAAAAAAAGUUUUGAAUGCGCCA